AUGCCAUCUCGGAAGCAAUCAAAUUCAAACAGCAUUCUCUCGCACUACAAAAAGCAGAAGUAAAUACUGGAUGAAUGUCUCAACAAUCUGAAUUAAUAUUUGCUUGAGAGUAGAGAGAUACCUACAGCAGACUUUAAUUAGGCCAAAGAAAUAAUCAAACAGACAAAUAGAGUUAGUUUGAACAUUCAGGAUUCUAAUUAAAAAAUAAAUGACUAACCUCAUGAUUCCUCUAAGUCUGGAUUGAAUAGUUCUAUUGAGCAGUUAGAUUAGAGAUGUGACUUAUCACUUGCUUUGCUCACUAAAUGCAAAGAAAUUGUUGAGCUUAUGCAAUAAUUAUUCACACUUUCUCUAAUUAAAAGACCAUAGGAGGUAGCAUAAAGUAAAAAUGUAACAAACGGGUCUUCCCUUUAUUCCCCAAUAUAUCGUUUGAAGGCUCUUACAUUAAACAAUAUGGGUUGUACCUACUUGAAGCAAAAUAAAAUUGGAGAAGCAUAUGAGUACUUAAAGCAAACCUUAGAUAUAGAAAUGCAGGGAAAUUACUCAAAGAAUUAGAUAGCAUAGACAUCUUUAAAUUUAUGCUGCGUAUUGAGCAAGCUAAACAAGCACAAACAAGCAUUACAUCAUGCAUUAAAAGCAGUUGAAUUAUUUAAAUAAGAGAUAUCAUAGUUAGAGUAGCAAAACCAGUUGCCUCAUCCAUUACUAGCUAAAAUUGAAGAGGAGGAUGAUUAUUCAUUAGAUGAAGAACAUGAAAAUAACGAGCAAUUAUCAAAUCAGUUAAGCAAUAAUCUCAAUCCGCUUAUCACUGACCAGAGCUUAUCUAAAAUUGAAAAUAACAUACUUGAUAAAAUUAGGGAGGUGGAAUUUAAGUUAGCAAUUGCUUAUAACAAUGGCGCAGUGGAGUAUGAAUACAUCGGUAGGAUACCCUUAGCACUAGAAUUUUUCCAUCUAGCAGUUAACAUUGCAGAAAAACAUUAUGGUCCUAAUCAUGAAAAGACAAGAAUAUUCAAAGACAAAUACUAAGACUUAGAGAUUAAGCAUCUUAACUUAAAGCCACAGUUUAUCAGUGCUUAGCUUGAUCAAAUUAAAACUGUCUCAGGCGUUACAAGGAACCUCAAAGAUAUAAAAAGUAUCAAUGAACUUGAUAUCUAGAGCACUGUCUCAAGGUUUAACACUAAAUCUGGAACAGACUUCAGUUCAUUUUCUGUUAAUAGCAAAUUUAAUGGUAACUCAUCUGUAAAUAAAUCUAAGUACCCCUCAUUGCUAAAUUUUCAUGCUGACAAUUAAUAUCAUCAUUUCAGCUAGAGUUUGGUAGAUAGAGAGAUUUGCAAGAAUUUAAAGAGGAGACCAGUUACUAUAACUCAGAUUAAAUCAAACUACAAUCCAGUAUACAACAACUCAUUUGGAAAAGUUAGAGUCAACCCUUCAAAAAGAUUUUUCUUUAAACCACCAACUGAUGAUCAUAUUGCACUUGGGACUGCUCAAAAUAUGAGAAUUAUUAAGUAAAAGUUAUAAUUGCAAAAUCGACCAAGUAGUGCUUCUACUCAUUAUUUUAAUUAAAACAGUGCAACAACUUCUAAAGCUUCUUUAUCAGUUUAGAAAGCCAAAAAAUUAAGCUAGCAAUUAAGUGAAUACUACUAAUCUGAGGAUUAGCUAUCUAAGCAAGCUUAGGUUUAUGAUUCCUUGGAUUAUUAUAAGGCCUCAAAUGACAACCUAGGAUUAGAAUAAAUACCCAUUGAUGAAGAAGUAGAGUUUAAUAUUAAUCCUUCUGAUUAAGAUAUAGUAAGAAAAUCAUAUAAAAGUAAUGUGGUCAACUAAUCAAGCUAGAAUUUUUACCCAAGUCCAUUAUUUGAUCUGCCACAGUUUGAGUAUGGAACUAAUUCUUAAAAUGAAUUGAAGCCACUAGGUUAGAUUAGAAAUAAAUCAGUAAGACCUUAAAGUGCUUUCACAACUAUGAUACCAGAUUAAAGAACUUUAUCUCGUCAAUCUAAAAGAUCAACUCCUAGCUUACUGAUUAGAAAAGGUCAAGAUAAAAAUAAGCAAAAGAAAAUUUUCCUAGAAGAUGAAGUUGUACUAAAUGGACAAAUUUUAAGGCUUAAAAUUAUAGAACAAAUCAAACAGUAAUUAGUUAAAAUUGUUGCUACUUCUCUUAACCCGAAAUCUCCUGCAAUAUAACCUCUAUUUAUAAGUUAUUAGGAUGCUAUGGAUCAUAUUUUUAACAACCUUGGGCGUAACUCUGGCGAAAGUAUAAAGAAUAGGUAUUAUUUAAGUUUUAAAUUAAUCGUAUUUAGGUUAGGAACUAUCUUAAUGGAAGAACAUGGCAUGCUUAGAAUAAAGAACGAGUACAAAUACAUCUUUGCAAAUUAAUUGUGA